GGAAGAAAGAAACCCUAAAACCCUCGGAAGGAGAAAAACCUAAUCGAAACACAUUUCUCCUACACUACACCGCUCGUCGUCGCGGUUGCUUUAAUCGCAAUUCCUGAAAAUGCCUUUCAAGCGGUACGUGGAGAUCGGGAGGGUAGCUCUCGUGAACUAUGGCAAAGAUUAUGGGAAGCUCGUCGUGAUAGUCGACGUAAUCGAUCAGAAUCGGGCCCUUGUAGAUGCUCCUGACAUGGUAAGAAGCCAGAUGAAUUUCAAGAGGCUGUCAUUGACAGAUAUAAAGAUUGAUAUCAAGAGGGUACCCAAAAAGAAGACUCUCAUUGCUGCCAUGGAGGCUGCAGAUGUCAAGAGCAAGUGGGAGAAUAGCUCCUGGGGAAGGAAGUUGAUUGUGCAGAAGCGAAGAGCCUCCUUGAAUGACUUUGACAGGUUUAAGCUCAUGCUCGCAAAGAUCAAGAGAGGUGGUUUGAUCAGGCAGGAGCUUGCAAAGUUGAAGAAGCAGGCUGCUUAGAUUUAGAAUGUUCCAACUUCCAACUUCCAACUUCUUAUUUGAAAUCUCAAUUUUGUUAAAAGAUUUUUUAAGUAGUUUUCUUUAUCUCGUGUUUGUCUUUGCUAUCUGGGAUGUUAAUAUUUGAAGUUACCUUGGUUAAUUCAUCCUUCGGUUUUUAUCUAUUGCACUAACGAUGUAGAAAUCAAUACAUGUGAACUGACUUUAAUCUAGUUAUUUUCAGUAAGGUUCAGAGCA